UAGCUGAAGCAAUAUCCAUCCUCUCUCAUCCUUUGGUCUCCUAAAGUGGCAAACUUCUUCUUCUUCUUCUUCUAGAGAGAGAGAGAGAGAGAGAGAGAGAGGUGUGUAAUCAUCUGUACCCGUAUGUUAAUUUUGUUGCUGUUGCAGCCAACUGCAAUGAUCGCUAUCUCUUAGCCUUCCUCACACUGUACACGCUUCGAAGCCUUUUGUACUUUGGAUGAGACGUGGCGCUGUCGAAGUGUUUCGGCAUUCCGAUGGAUGGAACGGAAGCAACUCGAGAUGUUGCCAACAGCGAUCUGCUGCAAAAGUUGCAGACAUUCCCUUCAGCUUUUACUUCCUUUCUGCGAGUCAUUGCAUUGCCAUUCCUGGAAGCCUUCAAAGGACACUGGAACUCCAUUUUUAUGUUGUUUGCACAGCAUAAAGUUGGGUUUGAAUGAUUUCAUAGCAGCUCAUAUAGCCAAUAAGAACAAUGAGUAGGAAUGGAGGAAUAGUUUUGUCUGUCAAUCCAUCAAGGUGAGGUAGUGAACCAGUUGGUGGUGGGAAGAUUACAAUCCAAGGAAACCCAGUACACUACUUGACUCAUUGCAGAGGGUGAAAAAGGAGGAAAUGGGAGAGUGCUUGAGGUAGGUUUGAGCUGAAAUCAUGGCUUGUGGCAGAGAACUUCAUGCUUGGGGAGAGAACACAUAGCUUUCUUGAUGAAAAUAAUUGCAAGCUUCUGCUAUUCAUGUCAGGGAUUCACAAUUUUUUUGUGGCUGGUGGAGGGAUAGAACAAUACAUUUGAAAUGAUACUUGUGGUGACUAAAACCAAGUUCAACUUUGGUCUUUCUCAUACAUGUAAGCUCACAAAUCCUUUACCCAAAUGGUAAAGAGACGUUCUAUCGAAUGUAAUGCCACUCUGGUUCUUAAGGGACUAUGUGUACAGCAACAUAAAGGCAUUGUGGGAUAAGAAAUCUAAUCUUACACAGAUCAUAUGACUGAGAACAUUCCUUCAGUUCCAGGAGAUAAAAUGAUGUGUCUUAAGAGUCAUCGUAGAAUUCAGCUACUGUUCUCCACCAAUGUCCAUUGCUGCAAGUCUCUUCCUGCAUUCUCACAUGGAAUCAGGGUGAGGUUGACAACUCUUUUGCAGUAUGUUCAAAGGUACCUGAGACCAACUUUCAAAGAUUAAGUGAAACAGAGUCAUCUAUUUUGAUGGCAAGCAUGCAAGCAACUCACUCAAGGCAAGGACUUCAAAUUAAAUGGAAUAGGACCUAUGAGAUAUUGAAUGAUGACCUAUUCUGAGCAUUCUGGUCCACUGAAUUUGAGACAAGGGUCUGUCUUUUUCCUGUACUUUUUGAAUGCAGGACUUGAAUGUGACCAAGGUCUUGUCAUUUUAAUUUGUCAUGGGGGUGUUUUGGUUCUCCUUCCCUCUCUCUCUCUCUCUCACACUCUCUCUCUCUCUCUCUCACUCUCUCUCUCUCCAUCUGUCUUCUGUAGCAUAAGCUUGAUUCCUGGUACUGCAAGCGAAGCAAACAUCCCAUGCUUUACUUUUGUUGGGUCAUAACCUUCUAAAAUUCUUCUUGUGUUCCACUUUGUACUGUAAGAUUUCUCCUCCCUCUUUAUCUUUUGCCAGCCUUUCUGCUCCCUCACUACUGCUAUAAACCACUUGCUUAGCCUCACACAGCCACAGCUUCCAAGCUCUUCUUGUGAAGCUUCUCAUGAACAAUACCAACAGGGAGUUCCAAUUGGCCUGUUCAUAUCUCGUCAGUUUACAGGAGGGAAGGGUGGCCGAAGAAAGAAGAGUUAAAAGAAGGGGAAGAGAAAGCUGAAAGAUUGAGAGACAAUGGAUCUUUCAGGUCAUGAAGGAGAGAUCCCAAUCCCAAUAAAGAACACCCAUGACAUCUCUUCCAGUGGACCUCCUCCUCCCCUCGCCACGGCCACCAUAGUAGACUACCACCACCAUCACAACCCCUAUCCGUACAGCACCAAGAAAAGGUUGGGGGUGAAGUACAGGGAGUGCCUCAAGAACCACGCGGCCUCCAUUGGCGGCAACGCCACCGAUGGCUGUGGUGAGUUCAUGCCCGGCGGCGAGGAGGGGACUCUGGAGGCCUUGAAGUGCUCAGCCUGCGGGUGUCACAGAAACUUCCACAGGAAAGAAACAGAAGGCGAGUCCUCGUGGGGCUGCUACCACCCCCUCACGGCGAGGAACGCCAUGAACCAGAGAGGCCUCCUGUUAUCCGGGGCAGACGCGUUCGGCCUCGUUCCACGCCCGCUGCCUCACAUGAUCAUGCCCCCGGGGGCCAUGCAGACAUCCGAGUCCGACGAGAUGGAGGGGGUGGGGGACGAGAUGGCAAGGCCGAUUCUGGUGAAGAAGAGGCUGAGGACCAAGUUCACACCGGAGCAGAAGGAGAAGAUGCUGUGCUUCGCUGAGAAGGUCGGCUGGAGGCUUCAGAAGCAGGAGGAGAGUGCGGUGCAGCAACUCUGCCAGGAGAUUGGAGUCAGAAGGAGAGUCCUCAAGGUGUGGAUGCACAACAACAAGCACCACUUGGCCAAGAAGAGCCCUCCCCUGCUUCAAUGACUCUGGCUGCUUCCUCUCUCGCCAUGGCAAACUACUCUUCCCUACGACACUUGCAAUUCUGAGCUUAUAGUUAUGAUUAGCUUAAGAUUCUCCCAUGACAGUAUCUGAGUCAGAUAAUAGUAUGACACCACUGUCAACCCUACCAUAUGCUAUCUUGGCGUUUAGUGGUGUUAGUUGAUAGGUUUUGUCGACGUAGCCUUGUUUUUUCUUCUAUUAGUUGAUAAUUUUGGAUGAAAUUAAGUUUAAGCGUA